UUCAUAAUGUGAUGGAUGACAGGUUGAUAAGUACAUUUAAUACACAUUGAAGCAAAUGUGUGUUACGUUUACAUGUAGUGUACAAAACGUACGUUGGGAAGGCAAAUUUACAUUGACAUUGUUAUACGCAUGUCUACGCAGUUCACGCUAUUUACAGGGAGGGGGCACUGGCGUAGGCAAACUCUUAGCUUUGACUAUCAAGCCUUGCUAAAUCACCGCUCUCCAAGGAAACAAAACAAUAUAGAAUUGGGUUGACGGCGUGCAACAAGCAUAGACCCUCUAUCGACACGACAACGCGCUUUCCCGUGGAAUGAGCGUUCCAUGCAGCAUCCUAGGUAUGAAUGACGUGGCCUGGCAGGAGACAAGAGGUGGGAUGCUGCAUGCAAAUGGUGCUCCUGAGACUGGAGGUGUCAGAGUUCAUGGUGGGGUGCCCCUAGUCUCAGUUGGGGGAGCUGUACAAGCUCCUGGAGUUCCACAUUUACAGGGCAUGGAUAGGGGUCCCAACCCUACCCCAGGUACCCCACAGCCUCCACUGAGUGGACGAUCUCAGGAUGACGCCACAGUUGGAUACUUCUUUCAGAGGCAGCCUGGAGAGCAGCUUGGAGGUUGCACACCCAGCAAGCAUCGCUGGCCAACUGGAGAUGCCAAUCAUGUUGACCAGGUUCGUGCUGUGGAUGAAAUGAACUAUGACUUUCAAGCCCUUGCUUUGGAGUCAAGGGGCAUGGGAGAGCUUUUGCCUGCAAAAAAGCUCUGGGAUUCUGAUGAAUUGGCCAAAGAUGGAAGGAAAGGGAUGCUUCUUGGAGAGGAGUGGAGAGACAAUGCCUGGGGAUCAUCUCAUCAUUCAGUGUCUCAGCCAAUCAUGGUGCAGCGGCGUCCAGGCCAGAGUUUCCAUGGGAAUGGUGAUGCCAAUUCUGUGCUUUCACCUCGCUCAGAAGGUGGAGGCCUGGGGGUGAGCAUGGUGGAGUACGUCCUGAGCUCUUCUCCUGGUGACAAGAUGGAUAGUCGCUACAGGAACGGAGGCUAUGGUGGAGGAGAUGCUGACCAAGAUGGGAGAGAGAAGGGUGAUGUCCAAGAGAAAAUAUCGCCCUUUGAAGAGGACAAGAGCCCAGAGAUGAAGGUGGGAGAGGAGAGUGAUCCAGCUAAAGCCAACGGAAGAGGUCUACUAAAUGGCAUGGACAGAGACUGCAAAGACUUCAAUCCAACCCCUGGAAGCCGUCAAGCUUCCCCUACGGAAGCUGUGGAGAGGAUGGGCCCCAGUCAGACAGGUUUGGAAAUGAUGGGACAGCACCACCCCCAUGGCCUCCAACAACAGAAUCCCGCCCAAAACAAGGCCCCAGCUGAGGACUUCCAGAACCAGGAGGCCCAGAACAUGGGAGGUAUGGAGCAGCAAGCCGGAGUGGAGUCCCUCCAGUUUGACUAUGCUGGGAACCAGAUUCAGGUGGACUCCUCAGGGACUCCAGUAGGAUUGUUUGACUACAACUCUCAGCAGCAGCUGUUCCAGAGGUCUAAUCCCCUGACUGUUCAACAGCUCACUGCAGCUCAGCAACAACAAUAUGCCCUGGCUGCAGCCCAGCAGCAGCAUCUCGCUGGCCUUGCUCCUGCAUUUGUGCCAAACCCUUACAUCAUUAAUGCUGCCCCCCCUGGAGCGGAUCCCUACACUGCUGCUGGGCUGGCAGCUGCAGCCACGCUUGCAGGGCCCACAGUGGUUCCACCACAGUACUACGGAGUCCCUUGGGGUGUGUACCCGGCCAAUCUUUUCCAGCAACAGGCUGCAUCUACUGCCAAUCACUCAGCUAAUCAGCAAGCAUCCAAUCAGGGACCAGGGCCUGGCCAACCACAGGUGAUGCGCACAGGAGCCAACCAGCGACCUCUUACACCUGGGCAAGGCCAGCAGAGUCAGCAAGAAUCUCUAGCUGCAGCAGCUGCUGCAAACCCUGCAUUGGCAUACGCAGGAAUGCCUGGUUAUCAGGUGUUGGCCCCUGCAGCUUACUAUGACCAGACUGGAGCUCUGGUGAUGGGCCCUGGUGCCCGAACUGGUCUAGGUGGACCAGUUCGUCUAGUCCAGACCCCUCUCCUCAUCAACCCUGCUGCCGCACAGGCUGCAGCUGCGGUGUCUGCAUCUGGUUCUGGCAACAACAUAUCUGGUCCUCAAGCCAACGGGCUGUACCGCUCCAUGCCUCAACCUCAACCCCAGCCGCAACAGCAGCAGCAGGCUCCCCCACCCAGCAGCGGCCUGCCCUCCAGCUCGUUCUAUGGCUCUGGAUCAGUCCCUAACACUUCUCAGAGCAGUUCCCUUUUCUCACACACCUCUGCUGCCCCACCACCACAAAGCUCCUCCCUGGGCUUCAGCAGCACCGGCGGUUCUCUUGGUGUGGGCCUGGGCUCUGCUCUCGGGGCCUUCGGCUCUUCUGUAUCCAGCUCAACCAGUAGCAGUGUAUCUCGCAGGGACUCCCUGUUGGCAAGUUCUGACCUAUACAAACGUGGUGGCAGCAGUUUAACUCCCAUUGGCCAGCCGUUUUACAACAGCCUGGGUUACUCUUCUUCACCCAGCCCCAUUGGCCUGACACCGGGUCACUCCCCACUCACUCCUCCACCCUCUCUGCCCUCUUCUCAUGGAUCUUCUUCCAGCCUUCACCUAGGUGGCCUGACGAAUGGCAGCGGGCGUUACAUUUCUGCAGCACCUGGUGCUGAGGCAAAGUACCGGAGCACCGGUGGUACGUCCAGUCUGUUCAAUUCCAGCAGCCAGCUGUUCCCUCCGUCUCGGCCCCGUUACAGUCGCUCUGAUGUCAUGCCGUCCGGACGCAGCCGCCUACUGGAAGACUUCAGGAACAACCGCUUCCCAAACCUCCAGCUCCGUGACCUCCCAGGACACAUGGUGGAGUUCUCUCAAGACCAACAUGGAUCUAGAUUUAUCCAGCAGAAGCUAGAGAGGGCCACUCCUGCUGAGAGGCAGAUGGUAUUUGGAGAAAUUCUGCAAGCUGCAUACCAACUGAUGACAGAUGUAUUUGGGAACUACGUCAUCCAAAAGUUCUUUGAGUUUGGAAGCGCAGACCAGAAGCUGGCUUUGGCGACACGUAUCCGUGGGCACGUCCUCCCCCUGGCUUUGCAGAUGUAUGGUUGUAGGGUGAUCCAGAAAGCCCUAGAGUCUAUUUCCUCAGACCAGCAGGUAAUUAGUGACAUUGUCCGCGAGCUGGAUGGCCACGUAUUGAAGUGUGUGAAGGACCAGAAUGGGAACCAUGUGGUGCAGAAGUGCAUUGAGUGUGUCCAGCCUCAGGCCCUCCAGUUUAUUAUUGAUGCCUUCCAGGGCCAGGUGUUUGUGCUGUCCACACAUCCUUAUGGCUGCAGAGUGAUCCAAAGGAUUUUGGAGCAUUGUACCCAGGAGCAGACUCUACCCAUCCUGGAAGAGCUGCAUCAGCACUCUGAACAGCUGGGCCAGAAAUAUCAAGGCGUUUCAUUGGAGAUGACACCCAAAACAUAUUAUACAGUGUCCCGCGAUGCACUGUUCAAGGAUCAAUAUGGUAACUACGUCAUUCAGCAUGUUUUGGAGCACGGCAGACCAGAAGAUAAGAGCAAGAUAGUGGCAGAGGUUCGUGGAAAGGUUCUUGUCUUGAGCCAACACAAAUUUGCAAGUAAUGUUGUUGAGAAGUGUGUGAUCCACUCUUCGCGUGCUGAGAGAGCUCUGCUGAUAGAUGAAGUGUGCUGCCAGAAAGACGGGCCUCACAGCGCCCUGUACACCAUGAUGAAGGACCAGUACGCUAACUAUGUUGUCCAAAGAAUGAUCGACAUGGCAGAACCUGCUCAGCGCAAAAUCAUCAUGCACAAGAUCCGGCCUCACAUUGCCACUUUGCGCAAGUACACCUACGGGAAGCACAUUCUGGCCAAGCUAGAAAAGUACUACAUGAAGAGUGGAUCUGAACUGGGUCCCAUCGGCGGCCCCACAAAUGGCCUCAUGUAAUUGUCAACAUCCCGGGUCUCCUGAGGAAGAAGGAGGAGGAGGAGGAGGAGGAGGAGUCGUCACCCCAAACCCCCUGUUCUGUGAGAGAUGCUCCUUAGCCAUAGGGCCUUUGACACCCUCUGACAUCCCAUUUUUUGGGGGAAUUACCAAAAAAAAAACAGACAAGUCAACUUCACGUAAGAACGCUGUGACAACUGACCCCUGCCACUCUGCCACCCCUGGUGCAGGACCCCAGUGUGGCCCCAAGGGUACGCACAGUCAGCAGGCCGAUUUUUCCUGGGUAAAGCACAAGCCCAUUGUUAAUGAUGUAAUUGAUGUAUUUGACUGGUUUUCAUAUUAUCUUGUACAUUUAGUUUUUUACCUUGUAAAUUCUCUGUAGAAAAAAAACUUAUUACACAUUUGCUGAAAUUUACAAUUCUUACAAUUAACACCAGCAAGUGACUUUAUAAGGCUAAACUGAGAGAUCCUUUUAAAAAAAAAUCAAAAAAAACAAUUCCAUUUGUUUUUGUAACCAGACUUAUUAUGUCAACUGUUCUAAUUAAGUCUAGGCAAUUGAAUAUUAUAUUUGUAUAUUAUCCCAUGCACAGUAAAAGUGUUUUCCCAUGCCAAAGCAGCUGAUGGAUUAGUUUUCAAAAAGCACUACAUAGUAAGGAUGGAUAUAAAUUCCUCCGUCCACAGGUGAGUACUAUGUGCCACGUGCCACAGUCACUCAGGGGUCUUCAAGACCUGUUUGCGAGCUUGGCUUCGGGGAUUGGUGCUUUAGUCUAGAUUUGUGUUUUCCAGUAGUGGUGGCUUUUUCUUGCCUCCUUUUUCUGGCUAAGUGUGGGGGGGGGGCGUGUGUUUACCCCAGCGGCUUGUAGUCUGCCUGACAUUUCGGUACUAAAUAUUACAGCCUGACGAAGCUGAGCUGCUGCAUCCACUGAGCCCCAUUUUAGCCAUCUUACUUUUUCCCUCAUCCAGGUGAUCACUCGGGGUUUAUGCAAGCGAAAAGUUACCAAUAACUUAUAGAGGCAGAGCAAGAGGUUUGGUUGUACAGCGGGCGUGUAACCUGGUAUAAUCUUUACAUGAAAUGACCAGAGUAGGGAGCUUUUUGUGGGAAUAGUGGGGUAUGCGUUGGCAUGCUGUGACAGGUUUUAAUCCUUGGAAUGAUUUUUUUCUUUCAUGUUUUGUGUAACAUCCUAUCUGUCUUGUAGUUUGAGAUGAACACUGCCCUAGAAAUCAGUAUCUUGAUAUCUUGAUACUGAAUAAUCAUCUCUUGCGUAGAAGUAGUUUAGUGACGUAUAGCAUCUUUAUGUAUGAGUAAAUUGUUGCUUUUGGGUAGGGGGCUUGCAGCAAUGAUGGGAUCCCCACCGCCUGAAGGUCAGAGUAGUCAAAAAAAAAUAUUAAAUGUUGUGAAGUGGAGCUUAUCUCAGCUUUGUACAUCUAAGGUGAAAUGAAAUAGAAUUAGUGGGAGAAGAGAAAGAAAGGGAUGUUGAAAGAACUUUUUUUUUUUUUUUUAAACAAUCCUGUUUUUGUUUUUUAGAUUUGAUUUGAUUUUUCUUUUUUUCUUUUUUUUUUCUUUUUUUUUCUCAUUUGGUUGGGUAUGCAAGUGCAUCGGUGGAGGCUGGUGGGGCCAUCAAAAGCUACACAAUUCACCUGUAAUGCUCGUAGUGAUGGCUUCUUUGCUUCAUAUGAAUAAUUGUAGAAUACAUGUAGUAUAUGUGCAGUUAAUAAGUGUAAGAGUAUUAGUUUAAUUGAAAAAAAAAAGUCUAGUUGUGGUGUUUGACAGGCCUUGCUCUAAAUUUGUAGUGAUGCUUUUAUUUCGUCUGUACAGUUGUACAUUUGUAAACGUUUAUGCUGUAAAUGGGAUGUCUUUUACACUUUUUGGGGAAAAAGGCAAAAAUGUGCAUUUUGAUGUGUGUAUAUUCAUCACUCCUUUCCCCCUGAAUAUAAUGUAUACAGUUUUAUUUGAUCAAGUGUAAUUUUUAAAAAAAAAAAAAAAAAAACUUUAUGGCUUCACAAUCUGGCAUGGUUUUUGUUUUUAAUCCGUUAUGGGAAAGGCCAGCCUCUAUUUGUACUGGAGCUGUAACAUCCACUGUUGAUAGUCUUUCUGAUGUGUGACAGUUUAAAAAGGAAAAAAAAAAACAUUCUGUACUAAAACCGAGGCUGCAUUUAGUCCUCUCUGCUACCAUGGAAACUUCACAGGAUAUGACAAGAAUUAUUUUUGUACAGAAGAGUGCUGUAUUUUGGAACAGCUACUACCUUGUAAGCAAAAGCAAUGUAAAAUAUUGUCAAUUAUAUAAAUAUGAACAUAUGAGUUUUGUCACACUGUCAAAGUCAUGUACAUUUUCAGGUGGCCUUAUGUACAUUUCCAGAUGUUAGAUGAAGAAAACAAACUCAUUUUUGGAAGCAGAAUUGUGACUAUGUAUGAUUAAACUGUUCUUCUAACAUUUGA